AUGCUAUUGUUAAAAUCAACUUUUAUUGACAAUGUCUACAAUGUGAUUUCCUUUCGCUUUUGUGGAAUCUCGGUGAAAGAGGCCAAGGAUACCCUCUUGGCUUCGGCAGCCUUCACUUUGGCUGUGUAUUUGUUGGCCAAGUUCAGUUGCCUACUAUGGGACAAUUACGCCUUAGGUUUGAGGGACCCGAACAUCAACUUGCCGCUCCCCCCUGGCAACAUGGGCUGGCCUUUCCUGGGCGAAAGUCACCAUUUUAUCAAUAAAGGUGCUGCUUUCUUUACGGAACGCCACGCCAAAUAUGGGGACAUUUACAAGACACAUAUUUUGGGGCGCCCAAUGAUUCGCGUCUCGGGAGCUAGCAACAUACGCUCCUUGUUGAAUAGGGAGCCUCAUCAACUGACAAUGAGCACACCUACUUCUGCAAAGCGCAUUUUUGGUGAGCAGAGUGUUGCAGUUGUCACAGGGCAGAAACACAGAAGCAUGAAAAAGAAACUGUCCACCUGUGUCACUUAUCAGAGGCUGGUCGACUAUAUCCCAUGUAUACAAGAAACCAUGCGGUCUCACAUCUUGUCCUGGUGCAGUAAGGAGGAGGUCCUGGGAUUCAUGGUUUGUGAGGAACUCAUGUGUGAUAUCAUGCUGGAGAUAGCCUUAGGCUGGCGGAAGGAACAUGAUGUAGAUGGGCAAGUCAGAGCAGCUUUUCUAACCAUUAACCGGAACCUGAUUUCACUUCCUGUAAAGAUACCAGGAGGGGGAUUCUACAAGGCAAUCAAAGCCAAGAAAAUUAUUGUGGACUUUGUCAAAAAACGACUGUAUUCCAAAGGUGAUAAGGAUCACGUAUGUAUGUUGGACAUCCUCUUGAUCAGUUACGGUGAGGAGGAAGGACUAACAGAAGAAGAGAUCAUUGAUAAUACUGUUACCUUUCUUCUUGCUGGCACUGGGACAACGUCAAGUGCCCUGAGUUCUUCCUUGAUGAUGCUAGGGAAACAUCCAGAAGUGCUGACUGACAUCAGGAAAGAGUUGGACUCAAAAGGUCUUUUAAAUGCAGAAUCAGGUAUAGACCUCAACUAUGAGCUGAUACAGAGCUUAGAUAGUUGCCAGUCAGUGUGUAAGGAAGUCCUGCGUCUGCACCCACCUGUUGGGGGAUCUUUCAGGCAAGCACAGACUACCCUCGAUGUUGGAGGUUACCGGAUUCCCAAAGAAUGGAAGGUCAUGUACGGCGUCAGGGAGACACAAUUCAGCACGACUGUGUUUGAGAACAGAGAGAUGUUUUUUCCCCAAAGAUGGAUGGACAAAACUCUGGAGGAAACUCUGCGUACAAGUGCAUCAUGCAGCUACAUGCCUUUCGGAAGUGGGCCUCGUCUGUGUUUGGGAAAAUCCUUGGCCUUGAUGGAGAUGACCAUAUUUCUUGUGGAGCUUGCUCGUCUGGUCAUGUGGAAGUUACACAACCCAAAUGCCAAGGUUAUACACUUGCCAGUGACCAAGGCUAAUGAUAAUUUGCCUGUGUCUUUCACCAGACGGAGUUAA